AUGGGCUUGCUCGUGACAUUGCCAUCCGGGACCGGAGACAGUAUCCAUGUAUCCGAGAUUGAGGAGUCACCCGUGAUUGUCAAGACUAAGGUCAAAGCCAGAGUGAUCGGAGGGCGCACAGUUCGUGGUCACAAAAAAGUAAACGAUAUUGAAAGGCAGUCAGUUGACAAGCUGAAAAAUUACAAACCUGGAGACGAUGUCGUAUGCUUCCCUUUAAAGUACGUCAAAGAACUGAAAUGCUUAGAAGUACGUGUGAAGCACAACAUCAUGGGGACUGUUGAGAUGUUGGCCAUGAUUGCCAAACCUGUGCUGGAGCAAGGAUCGGUCACCAUGGCGAUGGUUUGGAAAGUCGAGCCCAAGGGACUGCUGCUUAAACUCCCAUUUGGGAAUUUGGGUUUUGCGUCGGUAAUGGAUCUUUUGGAUUCAUACACAGACAAUCCACUGGAGCCCUACAAAGAGAACCAAGUGCUGUGUUAUCGGGAAGAAGAUGGAAAAUGCAAUGUGUCCUUGUGUCCCUCCAGAGAGGGAAAAGAGAAGCUGAACGUGUGGGUGGCCAUGCUCAAUCUGGAGAACAUGUAUGGCACAGAAGAGAGUUUGCAGAAGGAGGCAGAGAAUCUUUAUAGAAGCAUGGUGAAACGCUUCAGGCAGGAGAAAGCUGUUUACGCCGCCUUCCUGCUUCGACAGGGCCAAAGCAACACUGCCAAUGCCCUUCUACAGAGGGCGCUGCAGAGUCUGUCCAAUAAAGAACAUGUAGACUUGAUUGGCAAAUUUGCCCAUUUGGAGUUUCAGUACGGGAAUACUGAGAAAGCCAAAUCCAUGUUUAACAUGGUCCUGAGCACUUACCCCAAACACACAGACUUCUGGUCAGUGUUUAUAGAUCUGAUGGUGAAGCACGGCUCUCAGAAGGAUGUGAGAGAGCUGUUUGAUCGUGUGAUCCACCUGAGCGUGUCUGUGAAUAUGAUCAAGUUUUUCUUUAAGCGUUACCUUGAGUACGAGAAGAAGAGCGGCACACCUGAAAGCAUCCAGGCAGUCAAACAGAAAGCUCUGGUAUACGUGGAGUCCAAAGGAGCAGAAGACGCCAGCUAGAACCAGAAUCUAACAUUUUACAUUAUCAUUAAAUUCAGAAUGUGGGAUGCAUUAUGAUGAACGAACCUAAAAUAAAUUUUCACCAUUCUGUUUCUUUGCCUCAUUUUGUACCUUUGGCUAAAUAUAUAUGUCCGGAGAUGCACAGCGUUGUCGCUUGGUGUGUUUCAGAACUCUUGGACAGAUUUCCUGAAGUAGUUAUCUUGCGAUAAAAUGACUGUGAAUGAAUGGAUAGUAAAUAGUCUCUACCAAUCAGUGUUUAUAUACAUAAUGCAAGGCUAUUGGAUAGAGAAAAUAUGAUCCUACAUUUUUCAUUUGUGUCUUAUUGUAGAGAGGCUUAAAAGAUUAUUUUAAACUAUUGAAGACUUUCCAUCAGAUAUCAGGUCAAAAAGAAGUCUUUAAGUACUCAUCGUUUUCCUUUUCCGAUAAAUGAUUCUAUUCAGACUAAAAAAAAAAAAUGAAAAAAAAAGAUUGCUGCAAUGAGAGACAUUCACAAUUUGUAAUAAAUAUUCUGCCGUUUAAAGUUGUCCACAUAAAAUAUAUAUAUAUAUAUUCUGUCAGCAUAAUUUGAGUGAAAAUUUUAAUUGUAAAAUUAACAUGAAUAAAAAGAAUGUCUUAUUUUGCUUUAAUGACAGCAUUACAAUUAUUUUUGUUGUUGUAUAUUUUUCUUAAUUUUAAAGCUUUAUUUACAGGUUUAACCUUAAGAGUCCCAAGCCUAAAAUAUUAUGAUGCAUUUUCUGAUUAUUAAAAAAAAAUAAAAAAGCAUAUUUUGUUUUGGGGUAAAUUUUGUGACUUGGGAAAAUCUUUAUUUUUUUUAAGCACAUUUUGCUUCGAAGUGAUGUGAAUUAAUAAAGUUGCAACAUUCAAAAUAAAAAAAUGUCCUACCUAAACUGCUGUGAAAGUUCAGUGUCAGCUGCUAUUA